CCGGGCGGCGGCCCCCGGCCCCGCGUGGCGGCGCGGCGCGGGCGGCAGCAUGGUGGAGAAGCGCUGCCCGCUGCAGAGGGACGGCGUGUACCGCUGGUUCUCGGAGCUGCCGUCGCCGCAGCGCGUGGAGUUCCUGUGCGGCCUGCUGGACCUGUGCAUCCCGCUCGAGCUGCGCUUCCUCGGCUCGUGCCUCGAGGACCUGGCCCGCAAGGACUACCACUCGCUGCGCGACUCAGAGAUCAAGGCCAACAACCCGGCCGACCUGGGCAGUCUCACCAACCUGACGGACGAGGUGGUGCGCAGCAAGCUGCUGGUGUCGCUGGCGCUGCUGGGCUCGGAGCAGCGCGAGGCGGCGGGCGUGCUCUACCGCACGCUCACGCACAUCGACUCCAUCAUCCACAACUACGGGCUGCAGCUCAACGAGGGCCGCACGGGCGAUGAGUUCCUGCUGCUCUUCACCAUGGCCUCCAACCACCCGGCCUUCAGCUUCCACCAGAAGCAGGUGCUGCGCCAGGAGCUCACGCAGAUCCAGAGCAGCCUGAGCGGCGGCGGCGGCAGUGGCGGCGGCGGCCCCGGGGGCAAGAGCGCGCUGCCCACCUGCCCGGCCUGCCACAAGGUGACCCCCAGGACGGAGCCCCCCGUGGGCAGUGUCGGUAACAGUCUGGAGAGCGCCCUGCACACGUCCGCACAUUCCACUGAGGAGGCGCUGCCCAAGAGGCCGGGAGGGAAGCACUGCAGAGUGAGUGUUGAAAAGAUAGACCUGAAAGGAUUGUCACACAAAAAAAAUGAAAGACAUGUUGAAUGUUCCUUUGAGGUCUUGUGGUCUGAUUCUUCAGUAACAUCAGUAACCAAAUCUCCCUCUGAAGUGACUGAAUUUAUUUCAAAGUUAUCUCAGCUUUAUCCUGAAGACAACUUGGAGAAAUUCAUUCCUUGCUUAGCUGGCCCAGAUUCCUUUUAUCUAGAGCGAAACCACGUGGAUCUGGAAGCGGACCUGAGGUAUUUGGCUGCGUUACCUUCUCACAUAUUAAAAAAUGACCAUGUUAAGAAAUUUUUCAGCACUUCAUCUCCCACCCAACAGCUUCAAAGUCCAAGUCCUGGCACCCCUUCUCUUCCUAACGUCGGUACCGUGAUGGGCAUCUCUGGAAGGCCUGUGUGUGGAGUGGCCGGCAUCCCGUCCUCUCAGAGCGGCGCCCAGCACCACAUGCAGCACCCGGCCAGUGCGGCCGCCCUGCCACACUGCUCGCACGCGGGGGCUGCGGGCUCGGCGCUGGCCUACCGGACCCCGAUGGACAGCUCGCCCACCAUCCUGAUGCCGUCCGGUCUGCAGGCCCCUCAGCCCCAGGAGCAAAAUGGGAUUUUAGACUGGCUUCGGAAACUGCGUUUGCACAAGUACUACCCGGUCUUCAAACAGCUCACGAUGGAGAAGUUUCUGAGCCUUACUGAAGAAGAUCUGAAUAAAUUCGAAUCCCUCACCAUGGGAGCAAAGAAAAAACUCAAGACUCAGCUGGAGCUGGAGAAGGAGAAGUCGGAGAAGCGGUGCCUGAACCCCGCGGCCCCCGCGCCGGUCAGCAGCAGCGGAGUGGCCCGUGUGCCCCCCACCAGCCACGUGGGGCCGGUGCAGGCGGUGCGAGGCAGCCAUGCCGCAGCGCUGCGGGUGGAAGUGGAGCAGCCCCCUCACCAGACAGCGCGGGAAGGCAGCUCCUCUGAGUGCUCCAGCUCCUCGCCCAGCCCGAUGGGGGUGCAGGCCCGGGAGGAGAGCUCGGACAGCGCCGAGGAAAACGACAGACGGCUGGAGGUCCACUCGGAGGGCGCCGACAAGGACAAGCCGGUGACGCUGCUGAACCACUUCACCUCGAGCUCCGCCAGACCCACGGCCCAGGUCCUGCCCGUGCAGAACGAGGCGGGCUCCAACCCGUCGGGCCACCACCCGCUGCCCCCCCAGAUGAUGACGGCCUCGCACAUGGCGCCCAUCCGGAUGCUGAGCUCCGUGCACAAGGCCGAGCGGGGCGGCGCCGACCUGAAGCUGCUCUCGUCGUCCGUGCACUCGCUGCUGUCUCUGGAGGAGCGCGGCAAAGUCUCCGCGCCGAGAAGCGGCCUCAAGGUGGACAAGGGCUUCGGCAAUGCCAUGCUGGACGUGCUCCCCACGUCCAGCCCCCAUCAGCCCAUGCAGGUCCUCUCGGGGCUGGCCGACAGCAGCGCCAUGGCACCCGCCGUGUCCUUUGGUCCCCGCACCAAAGUGGUCCCUGCAUCCGCGCUUGACAGGGCGAUGAAGCCGGCGCAGCAGCCGGGCCUGGGGGCGGAGACCAGCACCGCUGCCCCCGGGACGUCCAGCACCGUCUUCCACGUGGCUCGGCCACCCCUCAAACUCCUGGUGUCCUCGUCUGUCCCUGCGGAUUCUGCUGUCCCCGGGCAAACGUCCUGUUCCAGUAACGUGCAGAUAAGUGUGCCCCCUGCAAUAAUCAACCCCCGGACUGCGCUGUACACAGCCAACACCAAAGCUGCCUUCUCUGCGAUGAGCAGUGUGCCCGUGGGCCCCCUGCAGGGCAGCUUCUGUGCGAACAGCAACACUGCCUCCUCCAGUAGCCACCCCUCCACGUCCUUCGCAAACAUGGCCAGCGUGCCCAGCUGCCCGGCUCCCAGCUCCAGCCCCGCACUCUCCUCUGUCCCCGAGAGCAGCUUCUACAGUGGCGGCGGCGGCAGCUCCCCCGGGAGCGUCCCCGCCUCGGCCCAGAACCACCACCACCACCACCACCAUCAGCAGCAGCAGCAGCCGGCGCCCCAGCAGCCCGCGCCCGCCCCGCCGCCCGGCUGCGUCGUGUGCACGUCGUGCGGCUGCAGCGGGAGCUGCGGCUCGAGCGGCCUGACCGUCAGCUACGCCAACUACUUCCAGCACCCGUUCUCGGGCCCGUCCGUCUUCCCCUUCCCGUUCCUGCCCUUCAGCCCCGUGUGCGGCAGCGGCUACGUGGGCGCCCAGCAGUACGGCGGCGGCGCCUUCCCGGUCGUGCACUCGCCCUACGGCGGCGGCGUGGGCCCCGAGCCCGUGCUGGGCGGCCAGUCUGCCUUCGCUGUCCCGCCCGUGCAGAACUUCAUGGCAGGGGCGGCGGGCGUCUACCAGGCCCAGGGCUUGGUGGGCAGUAGCAAUGGUUCCAGUCACAAAAAGAGCGGGAAUCUCUCGUGUUACAACUGUGGGGCCACGGGCCACCGCGCUCAGGACUGCAAGCAGCCGUCCAUGGACUUCAGUCGGCAAGGUACUUUUAGGUUGAAAUAUGCCCCUCCAGCAGAAAGUCUGGACUCCACAGAUUGAUAUUUUUCUCUGGCAACAGAACACUAUUAAGCCAUGGAGACCUAAGGAGAAUUCAAUACAGAACUGAGAAGUCUAGUUGCUGUUGAGCUUAAUAUUUUUAAUCCAAAGGUGCUUUACUUUACUAGACUGGAUAGAAAACCUAGCGUAGGAAUGCAUCAAACUCAAGUUUUAUUGCCAAAAUCCUAGGUGGGAGCUUGAUGUCAGGACUGGCCUAGUGGGCAUCUCCACUCUGAGUGACAACUGGCCACCUCCACCCUUGGCUGCAAUGCAGAGACCUCCCGUCUCCCGAAGAGCAUGGCCCUAACUGGUCCUUCUAGGCUCACUCGUAAUUCCAGGGCAGCUGCUGCGUGAGGUUCGCGCCGAGGACUGAAGGUCGGAGUUCUCCACGGGGAGUCCUACCAGUCGGACUUGACCCCCGGUGAGGGAAAAUGUCGCCUUUGUUCCGUUCCGUUCUGUUCCGUUCUGUUCCCACAGUGGUUAGGCACUCGUCUCUGGGCUUCUUAAGGAUUGCACUACCGAAGAAUGUACACUGAUGGCAGUCUCUGCAGUUCUGGAGACCUCCUCCCCACGACCAGUCCGUGCAGGACACUCAGAGAACCCGUUUUUAAAGAGUUGGCACCAGCAGGCUACACGACUUAGUACACAACAGAGAUUUUAGUAUUUCCUUCCCUCCUCAAAACAACUUGUAGCAGUUUCAGGUUUUUAAUUUUUUUUCCUGCAAAUAAAUUUAAACGAUGUUACUAAA